UGACAGGUCAAGUCACCGGGGACAUUCUAAACAACGGUGUGCUCUUCCGAUAGUGAUUACGUUCAACCAGAGAAAGCGGAUAAACCUCACAAAUGACAUCCUAUGUGAUGAUUCAAACGUGCACAUAUUCCCUCCGAAUUUCGAGUAGGUGUUUAUCAUAUUUAGGCAUCGAGCGAAAUGGGGCUCCCAAGUGUCAAGACCUCCCAGCUUGCAUGAAUCCCGCCUGUGAAUCCGGACCAAGCAGAAUCGCAAGUUACCUGUUUAUUUCCCAGUCUCAAUGCUAUUGAUGAUUUUGACGUCAACAUAGCGUAAACUUUCGAGCAGGCCUAUUAAAAUGUAAAAGUGCAUGUUAUAUCAUUCAGGUUUUUUUUUGUCGAGAGACAACAAAGUCGGUCAUUAACAAAACAUUCAACAUUUCGUCAAUGUCAUUACUAUAUCCAAAAACAUGGGAGGUAUUUAUCUCCGGAAGUACCAACUUGUUGGCCCAAAGUGCCAUUUCCACGUAAAUUGUUUUCAACAGGCACCGGUUACUGUAUGUCUGGCAGCUGUGUUAUACAGUAUGCAUGACACAUUGUUACAGGUGGAUUCCCUGUCAUGCCUUGAGGUUAUUUCUUUUGAAGGAUGUGGCAUCAAUAGCCUUACUGCUGCACCUACAACUCCUAGUGGAACCAAAUGCUUCUCAUCCCAUCUACGUUUCACUGACAAAUUGUGUACUUUUCCACAAGCUAGAAAGCACUUUUACACAACAAAAUGCACUUCACUUUUAAGGGCCGAUGUCUAAAAACCAAUGUAAGUAAAUGCCAAUGAAUGAACCAAGUUUGUGUAGAGGCCUAAUGGGAAUGACAGUGUAUCUUCACAGCCCUUUGACAGUCAUUCUUUCAUCAGUGACCAGUAAUUAGAUCAAACGAUUCUGCUCUUUUGAGCAGUGCUUGACCAGAAGAACUUGGUGUCGGCUAAUUAACUACUGAAUCAGUCAGCAACAUCCCUUGGACAAGUGCCAGGCCUUGGAUCAAGAAGGCUGACAACAGGCUUGUGAAACCCAACUCAUGUGAGCAGUCACGAAUCGGGAUAUCUUGGAUAACUACCUACUUGACUAUCCCUGACCAGAGAUAAAGGGUGUGAGGACAAUAAUCAGAAUGAGAAUCGCAGGCCUUUCUCAUGUCGGUAUUGAUGAUACCCUCUCAUCAUUCAGGAUUAUAAAUCGUAGUCACACAAUGUCCCCUCUUAAGGGGCUCAGGUCCUCUAGAAGAGCAUCUAUCUGGCAGUAGAGUAUCUCUCCAAGCCCACUAUGAAGAGCACGCAGAAAUUACAAGAGUGCCCUUUCGAAGCUGUGACAUCUGCAGGUUCCAUUAUUGGCAAUUGGCUCCGAUUGGCGGAGAAGGCUGCCGACUCCCCCAGAUCUGCCCAUGUGCUCUUUGUCACUGCCAAGGAGGAGCUCGAGAAGGUUGAGAGCCUGAGGACCCAGGCUGGGGCUCAGGUGGUGCAGCUGGACAGUCUGACUCUUAGGAACAGGACCCUGACCAGGCUCUUUGAUGGGGCCAUGCGGUCACGCCUGUUGGGCAUGGCCACGGACUGUGGUCAACGCUGGGACCGCCUACAUGGGACCAUUGAGAGUGUUUGCCGCAGACUCAAGCACCGUGUGUCCCAGCGGGAGGAGUUUGAGGGCCAGCGGGAGGAGAUGGCUGUGUGGCUUGCUGACAUGGACCUUAGGCUGACCGAGGUGGAACACUUCUCUGGAUGGGACACCUGUGACAAGAUGUGGGAGCUGCAGGCGCUGAUCCAGAAGAGCGAGCCAGAGGACGUCCAAGACAUCGAGGCGGGGCUGCAGGAGCUGCUGCUCUACUCUGCCCACGUAUUUGAGGGAGUGGGCCGUCUGCACACACGCCUGCUCAGCAUGAGACUGGUGUUUGAGGAUGACUGUGUACUGACUCAAGCCUCUGACUCCGGCUGUCCGUCUGAGGUCCUGUUGGAGCAGGAUGGUGUGUUUGAGAAGAGCAGCGCCCCAGACCAGCAGAACCCCCCCCCCAACCUGGACCACAUGGUGCUGGAGUGGGACCCCUCCGUCGACAUCGGGGGCCCCGUCUCCCAAUCCAACGCCGACUUGUCAUGUUUCAGCGCCAACACAGAUCGAGAAAAGCCAUUGGCCAGAGAUGGUGUAAAGAGGCGGAGUUACCUCAGCUACAUAGGCUCUCAGUCUGAUAUAAAUGACAGAGCAGCAGAGGAAAUGGGGCCGGAGAGGAGGUUUGAGUAUGCAGGCCCAGUGGUGUUCUCAACUCCCACAAUCCAGAGUGUCAGAGAUGACAAACCUCUACUCUCUGGCCACUGGAUGACCUCCAUGCCCGAUGGACCCUCCCAGGAGCCUGUGAGCUUUGACCCGCAUCAGCGCCUGGCUGGGACAGACACACGGACACACUGUCCCCUCUAAAGCCCCCUCGGUCCAACAGCACAGAGCCUGCUCCAAGGUUGUCCAGACCAACAGUACUUGGAAGUGUGCUGGUUGCUCUGAGGGAAGCCACAGUCUCAGGUACAUCCCCGUUCAGACACGCCCCCAGGAGCUGUGUUUGACCCCCUACACCUGACAGUCAUGUGACCUCCAGCUCAAGUCUGAUAGGAUGGCUUGUAGA